UUUUAUGUUCAAUUCAACUAAAAACGUUGUAAAAUUAUGUACUACGUUGUUUAAAUAUAAGGAGUAGAUUCCAUCACAGUGACAGCAGACAAACAACCACCACCAGAUCCAAAACUCCACCUCCUUAUAAAACGCCGCAGAACUCGAUUUUAGUCACCCAACAUAUAUAUUGAUAAUUGUAAUCAGCCACAGAGUGAAAAACACAAAGAGGUCGGUCAAUCAAAUUCAAUUAAGAUGGUGAACCUUGUGGCAGCUCAGAGGCCAUUGUUGCACGGCCUGAUGAAAAUGGCCGGAGUGAGACCCUAUGCGGUGGAGAUAGAACCAGGCACCACCAUGAAUAUAUGGGUUCCACUCGAAACCAUUAACAACCCAAAGAAAGGCGAAAAGCCCGAGGUCGUAACCAAGCCCAGCAAGCCCGUGGUGGUCCUGGUCCACGGAUUUGCGGCAGAAGGAAUAGUGACGUGGCAGUUCCAGGUCGGAGCUUUGACCAAGAAAUACUCGGUGUACGUGCCGGAUCUUCUUUUCUUCGGCGGUUCGAUCACUGACAAGACGGACCGAUCUCCGACAUUCCAGGCGGAGUGUUUGGCAAAAGGAUUGAGGAAACUCGGGGUGGAGCAGUUUACGGUGGUCGGAUUCAGUUAUGGGGGUAUGGUGGCGUUCAAACUGGCUGAGUUGUACCCUGACCUGGUUAAUGCCAUGGUGAUUUCUGGCUCGAUCUUGGCCAUGACUUGCUCGGUGAGCGAUGAAACUAUGCAGAGACUUGGGUUUAGUUCUUCGACGGAGCUUUUGCUUCCCACUUCAGUGAAGGGUCUGAAGGCACUUCUCUCUGUUGCUGCUUACAAGAAGCUCUGGUUCCCUGACCGCCUUCAUAAAGACUACCUUGAGGUGAUGUUCACCAACAGGAAAGAGAGAAGUGAACUACUAGAAGCUUUGGUCGUCAGCGGCAAGGACCCCACUACCAUCCCUAAUUUCCCACAGAGAAUACAUCUAUUGUGGGGUGCGAACGAUGAGAUCUUCAAGCAGGAGCUUGCCCAGAACAUGAAAGAGCAACUUGGAGAAAAUUCAACAUUUGAAAGCAUUGAAAAGGCAGGUCACUUGGUUCACUUGGAGCGACCCUGUGUUUACAGUAGAUGCCUCAAGCGAUUCCUUGCUUCCCUUUAUGCAGAUGAAACCAACAAAUGACAGAAAUUUAUUCUCUAAGCUUCUGUAUUCACCCUACUCAGCUCUCUCUAGUGUUUUUUAAGUAAAAUGAAAAUUUCAUUGUUUAUUGAUCUGCUUUGAACAUUCUGGUAAACAAAAAUAUUGCUUGAAUGAUUUUGAAUUCUAUU